GAGCCGGGCGCGGCGGGCCGACCGAGCGGUGUCCGCGAAGGAAUCCAGCCGGGGCCGAGCAGGCUGCGCCCUCCGCCGCGAGCGCCGGCAGCUGGGCGAGCUCGGGACGGCGCGCGGCCCAGCCAGCGGCUCCCGCCCGCCCGCCCGCCCGCCCUCCGCGCCGCAGGGGCCGCCACCUCCGCGGAGCCUCCCCCCGCGACCGCGCCCCCGAUCCCGGUCCCCGGUCCGGGACCCAGUGCCCGGCGAUCGGCAGAGAGUUCCUAUGAACUUGUUGGAUUCAAAGGGAUUGCCUUUUGGUACAUCAUUCUGUUCUCUUUGUGGAGUCGUUGCUGUGAAAUGACGCGGUGGUGUGACAGGAGAUCACUCCUCAGGUGUCACUCGGCACAUCAUUAUCUUCAAACUCCUGGGAGCGACCGCGAUCCAGCCGAGGCAGGCCCAGACAGUGCGCAGGUCUCUGCAGACAGCUCUGACAGCAUCGCUACGUGGCCAUGACGGAGCAUGCUCUGAGGGCAGUGUCCCCGACGAGCCCUCCAGAGCCCAGGCUGCAUUCAGGAACACCUCUGUGGAUUCCCAGGGCUCAUUCCACUAGAACCAAGAUGGCUGAACUCAAUCCUCAUGUGAAUGUCAAGGAGAAGAUCUACGCGGUCCGCUCCGUCGUGCCCAACAAAAGCAACAACGAGAUCGUGCUGGUGCUGCAGCAGUUCGACUUCAACGUGGACAAGGCCGUGCAGGCCUUCGUGGACGGCAGCGCAAUUCAAGUUCUAAAAGAAUGGAAUAUGACAGGAAAAAAGAAGAACAAUAAACGAAAAAGAAGCAAGUCCAAGCAGCAUCAAGGCAACAAAGACGCUAAAGACAAGGCCGAGAGGCCGGAAGCUGGGCCGCCACCCCCACCGCAGGCCCAGAGCGGCCACAGCGGGGGCUGCGAGAAGGAUGGCUCGUCCACCGAUUCCACCAGCGAGAAGCCAGCCCUCCUCCCUCGGGAGAAGAAGAUCUCGAUACUCGAGGAGCCUCCCAAGGCUCCCCGGGGGGUCUCAGAAGGCAACAGACCACUGCACCAGAAACUGUCCUUAGAUGGGAACCCCAAACCUAUACACGGAACACCCGAGAGGUCAGAGGGCCUGCAGUGGUCAGCUGAGCAGCCUUGUAACCCAAGCAAGCCUCAUGCAAAAACUUCUCCUGUUAAUUCCAAUGCCCCUGCAGCUCAUCCUGAGAUAAAGCCAGAUGAGCUGGCAAAGAAAAGAGGCCCAAAUAUUGAGAAGUCGGUGAAGGACUUGCAGCGCUGCACCGUGUCCCUGACCAGGUACCGCGUCAUGAUCAAGGAGGAGGUGGACAGCUCGGUGAAGAAGAUCAAGGCCGCCUUCGCUGAGCUGCACAACUGCAUCAUUGACAAGGAAGUCUCCCUGAUGGCAGAAAUGGACCACGUCAAAGAAGAAGCCAUGGAAAUCUUGACUGCUCGUCAGAAGAAGGCAGAAGAACUGAAGCGGCUCACUGAUCUGGCCAGUCAGAUGGCAGAGAUGCAGCUGGCCGAACUCAGGGCAGAGAUCAAGCACUUUGUCAGCGAGCGGAAAUACGAUGAAGAGCUCGGGAAAGCUGCCCGGUUCUCCUGCGACAUCGAACAGCUCAAGGCCCAGAUCAUGCUCUGCGGGGAAAUUACACAUCCAAAGAACAACUACUCGUCCAGAGCCCCCUGCAGCUCCCUGCUGCCGCUGCUGACCGCGCACGCCGCGGCCUCUGGGAAACAGAGCAACUUCGCCAGGAAGUCCACUCACAAGCCCUCCGAGGGCAAAGCCGCAAACCCCAAAACGGCCGGCAACCUGCCCAGCACCGCGGACAGCGCUCACCAGGCCACACAGCCCAACAAGCAGAAUACGUCUAACAGCCAAAGACGAAGGUUUAAUCCACAGUAUCACAACCGGCUAAACGCGGCUGCCAAGUCGCAGGGCGGCGGCAACGAAGCUGACCCGACGGUGAAGGGCAACAGCCGCCACGAACACAGGAGACCGCCGCACAACGGCUUCCGCCCCAAAAACAAAGGCGGCGCCAAGAACCCCGAGGCCCCUCUGGGGACAAAGGCCCCGGAGGCCCCUGCCCACCCGGACAAGCCCCGGCGGAGGCAGCACGCGGCCGACAGCGCGGAGGCCCGGCCUUUCCGGGGCGGCGUCCCCCGGGGGUCGCAGUGCAACCUCUGCCCCACGAGAAUAGAAGUGUCCACGGAGGCCGCGGUCCUCUCGGUCCCCGCCGUGACCUUGGUGGCCUGAGCGGGGAGACGGGAAAGCGCUCCUCCCUCCGUUCUGGCUCCCGGCCCGAGGUGCUGACCCAGUUCGCUGCCAAAAGAGAAUCAGUCAGAAUAGACCAGCCCUGCGGGGUGGUGUCAUCCUCUCGUAAUCGUUUUUACUAAUCCUCAUAAUCAGCUCUAGCUUGCUUCCUCCCUCCCAUGGCUUUGCUUGCCCCGUUGAUGCUUUUUCUCAUGGAGACGCUGCAGCAGCCUGGCCGGGGCGCGCUCGCUCCCUGGUUAGGAAGGUCGGCCCGUGGCCACGUGGCCCGCGAGCCAUCAGGGCCCGGCAGCAGCCGGCGCAGUAGCAGUGGUGUCAUCCAUCCGUUGGUCGUGGUUAGAGAGUUGCUGUUGAAACGAGUCUUACCGAUCAGACAAACAUGAUCUGCUGAGGACACAUGCGCUUUUGUAGAACUUAACAUCUGGUGUUUUUCUGAAAUAUAUAUAUAUAUAAAUAUAUAUACAUAUAUUGCUUUAUUUGAAACAAAUUAAAAUAUGCUGCAUUUGACCCCCGGCUUGCUUCUGUUCUUG